AUGGAAGCCAUUGCUGAUAAUCUAGCUCGCUCCGACUAUGAAAUUAUAUGUUUACAAGAAGUUUGGGUAUACGAUAAUUACGAGCUAAUCAGAAAUAAGAUUAAAAAACGAUUUCCAUAUGCUAGAUUUUAUCAUAGUGGCGUUCUUGGUGGUGGACUCGCUAUCUUUUCACGAUAUCCUAUCGUUGAAACUAAUUUUCAUCCUUACCGUUUAAAUGGUCGACCAAUUCAGGUCAAUCACGGUGAUUGGUAUGUAGGUAAAGGGAUAGCUAGUGCAGUGGUUGAUCAUCCCGUGGCAGGAUUAAUUGAGAUAUUCAAUACUCACACUCACGCAGGUUAUGGGUCAAAGGCUACCGACGUGUACUUGGGUCAUAGAAUAUCUCAAGGAUGGGAUGCAUCAAAUUUAAUGAAAAUAUCUGCUUCGAGGGGUCGUAAUGUUAUUGCUGUAAAUACUUUAGUGUAUAAACUUAUAACACAAAAUGGACAAAUGACAGAUGCUUGGCAAUCUCAACAUUCUUCUACUCCAGGUAGUGAUUCUACCACAUCAAUUACUCAACCUCAAGGUGGAUUAUCUGGAACUGAUCCUAAUUCUGCUAUAGUUCAAAAAGGUGUCACUUCUAAUUCACCAAUAAAUACAUGGACUAAACGUUCACGUAAACAAUCAGCGCGUGAUUUGGGACAACGUAUUGAUUAUAUAUUUUAUCGUAAAACAUCAAGAUUUUGGUGUAGUGGAUCUCGCGUCGUUUUUGUAGAAAAAAUUCCUGAAUUAAAUUGUAGUUACUCUGAUCAUUUUGGCGUAGAAGCAACUUUUGCACUUGUUGGACGUGACAAAAAUUCGGUUAUUCCAUUAUCUGUCUGGGAACAAGUUCCUUAUACUUUACGUGAAUUAGAUUCUCGCACACUUAAGAAUAUAAUUGAUUAUUUUAACAAAGAUUUAAUUAAUUCACAAAGAACUUCUCGUUUACAAUUACUUUUAUUUUGGUUUUCCCUACUUUUGGUAAUUUUUUUGAUUGCUAUAGAAUUAUUAAUUGCUAUAGGUACUAUAUCAGCUAAAGCUUGGAUAAGCAUUAUAAUAAUCGUAGUAAUUGGACCUCUGGCAGUAUUCGGAAGUAUUAUAGGAUCAAUUGGAUUUUUAUCCGGAAAUACGGAACAAAACGUUUUAAGUCAAUUGAUUGAAGAGGUUAAAACUUUUAACGAUGGAAAAAAAAUUCUUGAAAGUAGAGAAAGUAAAACUAGCAGUGAAGGAUUUUCUGAUAGCAGUCAAAGAUCUUCGGCUCGGCUGGAAUAA